CAGUUCAGCGUACAAUAUAAAGGAAAUAAAUGAAGACGCAUGAGAAUUACAUGAUUAUUAAUCAACCUUUAACGAAUAAUAUCAGUACGUAUAUUCAUAGGUCGACGGAAACACAUCGACGGGCAGUGUUCAGUCGUAUUCUGAUGUCGACACAUUCGACUGCGGUUCAAAACUGACUCAAGUGCGUAAAACUGUUGGCCAGAUUUUUAAGUGAUUAAAUAAACAACGCCAAAAGGUAUGCGCGUUUUGGCAUACGAUUGUAUUACAGGAAUAAAACAACCGUUUCGAGCGUGUGCGUGUCAUCGCGUUUAAAUAAUAAUAAUUAAAAAUUAACCUAAACACAAAUGUUUAAAUAAUUAUCCUAAUACAAUUGCGCUGGUAUACAAAACAAAUAGUACAACGACCGACGAAUUUGUCACCAUAAACGCAACAACAGUCAUUAGAACUACUGCAAGUCUACAACAUCGCGUCUUAUCAGCUGUUCUUCUGUAUCUAAGAAGAAAUAUUUAUUUUUUUGCUUAAAUAAAAUUUAAUUUUUUUUAAAUAGGAUGUUGGAACAUAGUUACAAAAGGCCGGAGGGUCCUUUAUCUGAAGAAAUGUUGACAGUCAGACGCUUAUUGGGUAUGACCGAAGAGUCCAUCAAACGGGAUGUCAAAGAACUUAUGGAAUGGUUGAAGGAGCAACCCGACCUACCAGAUAGAUUAGAAGGAGUUGAUACAGCUUGGUGGCUGGAAAAUUAUCUGAUUAUGAACAAAAAUUGCAAAGCUAGAGUAAAAGAAAAUUUACCAUAUUAUUUCCGAUUAAAAGAAUUAGCACCUGAUUUAACAACUGAUGAUCGAGAUCCCUUUACCUCUAAAGAAAUGUGCCAAACACAUGAAUCCACGACUUUGGCGAUUUUACCUAAUAUAAUGGAAAGCGGAGAUAGAGUAGUAUUGUUCAAACAUAAUGCCGGCGCACAACCUUGUGAUUACAGUCCAUUAGGAUUGGCUAUGAUCUUUACAAGUAUAGGCGAUCUAUGGUUAGCUAUGGGACAUAAUAAUACUCGAAUAAUAGGCAUUGUCGAUUUGAGUACGGUCCGAUUGGGAUACCUAGCCAGAUACCCUCUGGGACUAAUGCGUAGAUUUUUCCUUUAUGCUUGGAAAGCAUAUCCCGAACGGAUAGCAAAAGUCCAUAUCAUUAAUCCACCAAGUAUCUUAAACAUCAUAUUGAGCUUCUUUAAACCAUUUUUAAAAGCCAAGAUGCGAAAAAGAAUCGUCGUACAUCGCAAUUUAGAAUCUUUGAUAGAAACUAUUCCAUUAAAAUACUUGCCUAAAGAUUAUGGAGGUGAAUAUCCAUCAACACAGGAAUUACAUGAGCAUACUUGGCAGAAAAUUAAAGAGCAUCAAGCAUACCUAAGAACACGUGUUACUACACACAAUUCAUUGAAUACAAGUAAAUAAAAAUAAUCUAUUAACAGUCACUCAACAAGUAUGAAAGUAUUUCAUAAAGCAAACUCCUCUUCAACAGCGGGUUCAGGUCAUCAUUAGUGAUAAAUAGUUGAAUAAUUUACAUUUUAUCUUAUAUAUUAUUUAUGUUCAUAUUAUUGAUUGUUUAUAUAAAACUUUAAUAUAAUACAAUAUUUGAAUGUCAUAUUUUCAUCCAAUAUCACAAUUUUGUUAAAUUAAAUUUGGCUAACAGUAUUGUAUACAAAAAUUGUUAGUUUUGACUAGAUAUCAAACAUUAGUCAAUUAAUUUUCAUUAUUCAAUUUAGAACUAGUCCAUUUUCAUAUUUUAUUUAAUAAUUAUAAGUGAAUAUGUUUAAAUAUCAGUCAGUUUUAUUUUAUUUUGUUAUAUAAUAAACAAUUAGAAAAAUA